AUGGCUCAACCGAGAUCGCAAGUUGCAUACAGUUACGUCAACGACCUCCGUCCCUUCACGCUCGUGCGACAGUCCUCGCCAGACGAUCUCCUGCCGGUCCAGCUGAGCUUCAACCCUGUAAAGCUGACAAGGACGGCGAUGGUCGAUUCUGUGCAGGUUCAAGAGGAUGGGCCGGAACAGGAGGGCGCAGUCGAUGUGAAGGUCGUGAAGGAGACGCAAGCAGUGGCGCCGGAAUAUGUCGGGUAUCACGGGGAAUGGAAGCACGGGAAGAAACAUGGGAGAGGUACUGAGGUGUUCGAGAACGGCAGCAGGUACGAUGGUGAAUGGAAGUACGACUUCUUCGAUGGGGUCGGCAAGUACAAGUUCGUCACGGGAGACACCUAUGAGGGAGAGUGGGACCGGAACAGGAGGGAGGGGCACGGGACGAUGCGCUGGAGGAGCGGAGAGCGGGAGGGAGACUGCUACGUGGGAGAGUGGAAGGGAGAUCAAAUGCACGGCAAGGGAGAGUACUUCAAGCGUACCGGGGAGCGGUACAUGGGCAGGUGGAGCCAGUCGUACUAUCAGGGGAACAUCAGAAGCUUGCUGCUUCCUUUUUGA